CAACCCGUAUAGCCAAUGGAUCCAACGUCCUUUACAAGGAUUCAUGGGAAAUGUAGUAUCCGUCUCAAAGCCCGAAACAACGUAAAUAAUCCAACGAAGAGCGAGUUUUUGGAUGGUAAUAUUUAAUUUGUAUUCACCAAUCGAAGUUUUAAGCAUAUUCGAAGCCCUAUUAGAGCCGUGCUACUAAAAGAACAAAACUGCGCUGUUAUUUACCAUGACAUUCCUUGCUAAUUUGCCGGCUAGAAUAACCUGUAAGUGACACCCCGUGAUCAUAAGUAACACAUGUUCCCCCACAUCAGCCUCAGUGCUAAACUUGCUGGCUGGCUAAACUUAAAAAGCUGUUCGGUAGCUGCCAGCCUAUGUUGACACUUGUGGGAAAAUAAGGGUGGCGCAAUCGAGGUUUAACUUCUCCUUUUCUGAGUCCGACUAUCUUUUAUAUCAUUAGGAUUCUCUAAAAAAAAGAAAGAACAAGAAAAAAAAACAGAAUCACUGGCGGCUAAAUUAUCUUCUUGGAUGAUCAAAUUGUUUUCCGAUCACUUCGUUUUUUAAUGGACCUCUUCCUAUUUUAACACGAGUGUUUUGUUCUUUUCCUGUCAACUCUAGAAGAGACAUUUGCGACAGUUUGGGGAGAGGCGCGGCGAGCGGUAAUUUGAGCUUUUCCCCUCUGAGCUCGCCGCCUCUUCUGGGAGGGGAUUGAGGGUAGAUGUUUGUCUGAUCCGCGUUUCCCGACAGAGAGCAAUCAUGAACUCCACAGUGAAGAAGUUAGACGUUACCUACAACCCCAUCAGUGAGAGGAACACCUUCACCAAUGGAGACUUCAUUACAGGACAAGUCACGCUGGAAAUAGGCAAAGACUGUCAGAUCGACUCCCUGUUUGUUAAGUUCAAGGCGAAGGCUGAAGUUAUGUGGACAGAGAGGCACGGACAGACCACUGUGGUGUACCACUCCAAAGAGAAAUACUUCACUCUGAAGCAGUACUUCAUAAGAAACCAGAAUGCCAAAGAGCCCCAGCACGUCCAGCUGAUAAACCAAACCACUGAAUCGUACCCAAGAGUUGUGGCCCCAGGAAUUCAUGUCUACCCAUUCUGCUUUCAGAUCCCUUUACAGGGUAUCCCCUCCUCCUUCAAAGGUGCUGAUGGUAAAAUUGUGUUCUCACUGGAAGCUGAGUUGAGCAGGUCGAUGAGGAUUGACAAGAAAUCCACCGUAACCAUCAACUUUGAGGCAAAACCCGACCCAAACACCCUCCCUAAGAUAAUGACCCCGCUGCGUGAUUCUAAGGAUAAAAAAAUGAAUGUCUUCACUUCGGGGUCUGUAGCUAUGGAUGUGAGUCUUGAAAAAUCUGGUUUCUACCAAGGGGAAGGAAUAAAGGUGGUUUCAUUCAUCCAGAAUAAUUCUUCUCGUGAGAUCAAGCCCAAGUACUGCAUUUAUAGAAAGCACAGUUUCUUUGCAAAAGGGAAGAGAAGAGUCCAUACGAAAGAUCUCAUCAAAGAGGUUGGAGCACCCAUCCCUGAGAAUACAUCAGAAACAGUCAAACAGGUUAUCACCGUCCCCCACGAUGCUCUUCCAUCCGUCCUCAACUGCAACAUCAUCAAGGCAGAGUACAGACUGAGGGUCUACCUUGAUGUCAAGUAUGCUUCAGAUCCAACAAUAAAAUUUGACAUCAUCGUCCUUCCAGCCCUCCAGGGGUCUGCUCAUGCACCACCGCCAUAUUCUGCUGCUGGCUUUGAACCACAAGCUUUUGGGAAUUCUGCUCCUACUCCAUGGAAUCCAGUACCUGGACCAUUGAACCCAACCCUUCCACCAAGGAACCCAGCUCCUCCAUCAUGGAAUCCCACCCCUCAACCAGGGUACCCAGCCCCUCCGGUAUGGAACCCAGCCCCUCCAGCAUGGCAUGCCUCUCCAUCAGGGAACCUAGCCCAAACACCAUGGAACCCUGCCCCUCCACCAGGGAACCCAGCCCCUCCACAAUGGAAUCCCGCCCCUCCACCAGGGAACCCAGCCCCCCCACAAUGGAAUUCAGCAUCUCCACAACAAUCUCCCCCUUUUGGUCCUUCACCUCCCCCUUAUGGCACACAUCAGCUGUACCCUACUCCAAACGAUUUUUCUCAGGAAAAGCUUUAACAAAGCUUCAUCAAUCUUCACAGAAUGAACUUUGUUGAGACGUGGAGGUACAAAGACGUCAAUACGAAGAUAUUAAACUGGCACUCCAUAUUAGGAAUGUUUUGACUUGCAUAUAGCUUUUUUUAACUUGUAAGAACUAUAUUUUUGGUAAUAAAAAUGAAGGAUUAUA